UAAAUAGGACCGAGCUUAAAGAUUUCAGUAGAAUGAUAUAACAGAUGGCAACAGCUAUUGACACUAUGUCUUUCUUGGUCAUUACACUUUUCGUUGUUAUACUAGCAUUGUUGGAAGCAGGUUCUGUUGAUGCAAAGAGUGGGCUUCUUCCGCAGGAGGAAGUGGAUGCACUUCGUGAAAUUGGCGAGCAAUUGGGGAAAAAGGACUGGAAUUUGAAUGAGAAUCCUUGUGAUCAGAAUAAUCAAAACUGGAGAACUGCAAAAUCAUCUGGAAGGCCAUGGUAUAAUAAUACUGUCGAAUGCAAUUGCACCUACCCUGAUGGAGUAUGUCACGUGGAACACAUAAUUCUGAAGGGCCAGAAUCUGGAUGGCAUACUUCCACCAUCCUUGUAUAAGUUGCCUUAUAUCAAGAUUAUUGAUCUUACUAACAACUAUCUGCAUGGCACCAUACCCCGCGAAUGGGUUUCAUUACGUCUGGAAUAUCUGUGCAUAAUUGUGAAUCGUUUAUCAGGAACAAUUCCAGGAUACUUGGGAAGCAUAACUACUCUCACAUAUAUCGACCUCGAAUCGAACCAGUUCUGCGGCACUGUUCCUCCUGAGCUUGGCAACCUAGUUAACUUGAGAAGUUUGAUGUUUUCGUCUAAUCUUUUGACCGGACCGUUGCCAUCUACUUUAGCCAGGCUCAUAAAUUUAACUGAUUUUAGAAUCAGCGACAACAACUUUACAGGGAAAAUACCUGAAUUCAUACAAAACUGGAAACAACUUAAGCGACUAGAUAUUGGUGCCAGUGGGAUGAGGGGACCAAUUCCAUCCGGUAUAUCUAGUCUUGAUCAAUUAACAUCCUUGACAAUAACGGACAUUGCUGGACCAACUCAGCCAUUUCCUAAUUUGACAAGAAGCGCAGGCAACUUAGAAUUAUUGCAAUUGAGAAACUGCAAUAUUUCUGGAGAAAUCCCUACAUACAUCUGGAAGAUGGCACUCCUAGAAAAAUUGGAUUUAAGUUUUAAUAAAUUAAUAGGACAAAUUUCAAACGACAUCACCGGAGUGAAAUUUAAGUUUGUGUUUUUAACUGGCAACAUGCUAAACGGAGAUGUUCCUAACUCAAUCUUCUCAAUUGAAGGAGCUAGUGUUGACCUUUCCUACAACAAUUUUACGUGGCAAGGUCCCGAGCAGCCUACUUGUCAACAGACCUCAAAAAUAUACAUCAACUUGUUCAAGAGCUCUUCAUCCGGCAACACAUUAAGGGACAUUCUUCCAUGCUCUAAAGAUUUCAUCUGUCCUAAAUACGGGUGUUCUUUACAUGUCAAUUGUGGUGGAAAUGACUUAAAAGAAGAUAAAGAAAAAUUUACAAAUGAAGGAGAUGAUACAGCUGUUGGCGAUGCAGCAAAAUGGUACCCGAGUAAAAAUAAUCAGUGGGGAUAUAGUAGCACUGGGGACUUCCAGGAUGAUGGUAAUAAACAAAACAAAGCUUUUGUGGCAACUCUACCAUCACCCAAUAUCCCUCGAAUGUACACUACAGCACGACUUUCUCCUAUUUCACUUACAUACGUCCGAUAUUGCCUGGAGAAUGGGAUUUAUACUGUAAGCCUGCAUUUUGCGGAAAUUCAGUUUAAUACAUCCCGUAGUCUCGGAAGGAGAAUAUUUGAUAUUUAUGUUCAGGAAAAAAUUGUUCAGAAGGAUUUUAAUAUUCAAGAAGAGGCUCAAGGGGCGGAAAAACCUCUGAUCAAACAUUUUAAUGCCAGUGUGACUGAUAGCAUCUUAGAGAUCAGAUUUACCUGGGCUGGCAAAGGGACUACACGUGUUCCUAAAAGAGGUGUUUAUGGUCCUCUUAUAUCAGCGAUCUCUGUGAAUCCUAAUUUUAAAACUUGUAAAAUUGGUGGAGAGAAGAAGAACAAUAGCAUUAUAUAUGUUACUGUUAUUAUUCUGGCAUUAUUUAUUAUUACAUCAGCAGUUAUUGGCCUUCGGUGGAAAGGAUGCUUGAAUAGCAGAGAAAGAAGAGAGAAAAUUUUGAGGGGAUUAGAUUUACAGACUGGUGUAUUCACAUAUAAACAACUUAAAGUUGCUACCAACAACUUCGAUGCUGCGAACAAGAUUGGCGAGGGUGGUUUCGGAUCUGUUUACAAGGGUAUGUUAUUGGAUGGAACUAUUAUAGCAGUUAAACAACUUUCUUCAGGAUCGAAUCAAGGGAAACGUGAAUUUGUGAAUGAAAUAGGCAUGAUAUCUUCUUUACGACACCCCAAUCUAGUCAGGUUGCAUGGUUGUUGUGUAGAACACAAGCAACUACUACUAGUGUACGAAUUCAUGGAAAACAACAGCCUUGCUCGGGCUUUGUUUGGUCAAGAGGAAUCUUCGUUCGAUUUGAAUUGGCCCACAAGGCUACGAAUUUGUAUAGGCAUCGCAAAAGGCCUAGUUUACCUUCAUGAAGAAUCCAAUCUGAAAAUUGUUCAUAGAGAUAUCAAAGCUACCAAUAUACUUCUGGACAACGUUCUCAACCCAAAGAUUUCAGACUUUGGUUUGGCCAAACUUGAUGAAGAAGAGAACACUCAUAUUAGCACCAGAGUUGCUGGGACUAUAGGGUACAUGGCACCAGAAUAUGCAUUAUGGGGUUAUUUGACUGACAAAGCAGAUGUUUAUAGUUUUGGGGUUGUUGCACUAGAGAUUGUUUCUGGAAAGAGCAACAUGAAAGAUCUUUCACAUAAAAAUUACGUUUGCCUUCUUGAUCGGGCUCUAGCUAUGCAUCAAGACAAGACAUUGCUCGAGUUGGUGGAUCCAAGGCUAGGUUCAGAUUAUAACAAAGAAGAGGCAAUGAGAAUGAUUGAAGUAGCUCUAUUAUGCACUACUCGGACUCAUGCACUCAGGCCAGUUAUGUCUUCUGUACUAGGCAUGCUUCGAGGUGAUAUUGGUAUUCAAGAGUUGAAGGUGGAAGAUCCCAAUAUGUACGGUGAAGAUUAUUACAAUUUUCAAGGCCUGAGAGACAAAUAUAAUGAUAAGCUAAAGAGGAGAAAAUCUUCAAGUGAAUCUCAGUAUGAGAUUCCCAUUGCUUCUUCCAGCGACAUAAACAAUGCCUCUUCCUCCACGUCAAUGCAUGACCUCUAUCCAGUUGAUCUUUAUCCUCAUACUGAGAGCUGGAUUUCAAGGGAUGACUCAAGCUUAACAUCAGCUAUAAAAGAAUAGGUAAGCCUGCAACAUAUACAAGACGGAAAGCUACCAAGUGUGCAAACAAAUGUAUUUGUCUUUGUAGGUACUUAUCAAGCCGCAGACUCAGCUUCUUGUAGUUAAAAGCUAUUUCUGCAUCUAUCCCAAUAGUAUUAUUGUUCCGUACCAUUAUGGAAGAAGAUCCAGGUAAGAUAUGCAUCUCCCCUGAAAAAGGUGAAUGUUGAUAAUUAAAUUUUGGUAAUAUGUGUGUUUGGCAGAGGUAAUUUAUAAAUGAGUGCAGUGUUAUCUUUAUGCAGAGGCACAGGUCAUAGUGGACAGACACUGGGCCUUUAUUGAGGUGUUCUCUUUUGUCCUGUAAAAGAAAAGUGUUAUGUUUUGCCAUAAUGUUAGUCAUAUUGUGAAGUUUUAAAUUUUCUAA